AUGGCACGGGGCGCUUCGAAAAAGACGAGCAGCGCCAACGCGACGCAGCAGGCGGUAUUCACGUACGGCUUCGUGGGCGUGAAUGCGUUCCACGUCCUGCUGCGCUUCGUGCUGCUCCGUCAUCGCCUGACGUGGGGCCACGCGGCCAAGUACGCUUUCACCGAGGCCAUCGCACUGCUCUUCUGGUCCCAGCUGCUUUCUGCCGCACGCGGUGGCGAGGACAUCACGGGCGCCCGCGGCGGGUUGACGGGAUACAUGGUGGAUGUCAUCUACGUUACGUGGUUCACCCAUUUCCUCACGGCUUGGAUGGGUAGAUGGGGCUGGUGGGUCUAUGCUGUCAUCCCCAUGUACGCCAUCUACGUGGCGUACCAAAAGGUGCUCCUGCCCUACGUCUUCAAGGGCCAGUCCCCCUUUGCAGCCUUGUCCAACCUCUUCUCCUCGUCGUCGCGCACCGGCGCAGGCGGCAACGCGGCGGCGGCGGCGGCGGCACAGGGGCAACCGACGAGCAAACGCCAGGCCAAGCUCCAGGCGCGCGCAGACAGGGGCGACCCGAGGGUCCAGGUGCGUCGACGAUGA